AUGACGGUCCCCUCAAUCCUCUCUCUCUUUCUGGCGAUUAUUGUCACUCUAUGGGCCUCGCCUGUAGUCUCUUCGCCUGACUACCAUGAGCAACUUUUCCUCGAACCGCUCCCCAAAUCCUCCCUACUAGCUUCGUUCAAUUUCCGGGGUAAUACUUCGCAACAGUCGUUUGACAACCAGCACUUCCGAUACUUCCCAAGGGCAUUGGGCCAGAUCCUACAACAUGCGCAUGCAAAGGAAGUUCACCUGAGAUUCACCACGGGUCGAUGGGACGCAGAUAGUUGGGGCUCACGACCAUGGAAUGGCAGUAAAGAGGGUGGCACUGGGGUUGAGCUUUGGGCAUGGAUUGAUGCGUCAAAUGAUGAAGAGGCGUUUGCAAAGUGGAUUACCUUGACACAAUCCUUAUCAGGGCUGUUCUGCGCUUCGAUGAAUUUCGUCGACUCAACCCGAACAACACGACCCGUGGCCUCUUUCGAGCCCAUGGGAAACCACAUGGGAGCCAACUCUUUACACCUUCUUCAUGGAACACUCCCUGGAGAAGUUGUCUGCACAGAGAACCUCACACCCUUUUUAAAGCUUCUUCCAUGCAAAGGCAAAACCGGAAUCUCCACGCUUUUCGAUGGUCAUAAAUUAUUCGAUGCAGCAUGGCAAAGUAUGUCUGUCGAUGUACAGCCUAUUUGCUCUGCCGAUGGUGAUUGCCAAGUUCAAAUCGAACAGACAGUCGAUAUGGUUCUUGAUAUUGAACGGUCUAAGCGCACACGAGACGACCCAAUCCCUCGUCCAUUGCCGAAUGACCAGCUCGUUUGCGACACAUCUAAGUCAUAUAACUCAGAAGAUACGUGCUACCCAUUAGAAAAAGCGGCAGAUAAGGCCUGGAGCUUGAAUGAGGUAUUCGGAAGAACCCUGAAUGGCAUUUGCCCCCUCGCGGACUCUAAUGAGCAAUCUGUGUGCCUUCGAGUGCCUCACGAGAAAACCGUAUUCACAACACAGGGUGCUUCGGAGAUGAAGCAAGAGGAUGGAUUCACUCGUUGCUUUUCUCUAGCCCACUCAGAACCCUUUGACCUCUCUAUCCCAGAACAGGAAGUACAUACGCAAGUCCCAAUAGAUGAGCCAGUGUUGCAUGCGGAGCGGACCAUUGUUGGCCACGGACAAGAGCGUGGUGGUAUGCGCAUUAUUUUUGGUAACCCAUCCGACACUACUGCGGUUGACUUCAUAUACUUCGAGUCACUUCCCUGGUUUUUGCGACCUUACAUCCACACUUUACAAGCCACGAUCACCGGAAAGGACGGCGUGCGUCGAGAAAUCCCGGCCAGUGAUAUCGUGACGGAUACGUACUAUCGACCUGCCAUUGACCGUGAACGGGGAACUCAGCUGGAACUUGCUCUAUCCGUUCCUGCCGCUUCCACGGUCACUCUGACAUAUGACUUCGAGAAGGCUGUUCUCCGUUACACCGAGUACCCACCAGACGCCAAUCGAGGGUUUAACGUUGCUCCGGCUGUAAUCCAUGUGUUGGACGGCGCGGAUACCCAUCCAACCUACAUCCGGACAACAAGCCUCCUACUCCCACUGCCAACGCCUGAUUUCAGCAUGCCUUACAAUGUAAUCAUUCUCACAAGUACGGUGAUCGCGCUUGCAUUUGGAACUAUUUUCAAUAUUCUUGUGCGACGUGUCGUUUCUGCGGAGGAAGCGGCUGUCUUGAAUUCUCAAACCUUCAAGGCCCGACUGGUGGGCAAGUUGGUAGCUAUUCGGGAUCGUUUCGGCAAGAAGGAAACCAAGGUGGAGUGA